CAGUCAGAUCCUGCUAACAGGAGGCCCGAAAGCAACUACGAAAAACAUGACCUACUAAAUCAACGCAGCCUGCUGAAAGCUAAUAUAAUUUUGGUUGAUUUGCAUUUACUAAAUAGACGUGUGCCUUACGCUUGCAUGCGUGCACUUUUUUUUAGCGAGCAUCUCGCGCAAUUUGAGUAUCUUUAGCGUCAGCCAAUCAAUCUAUCAUUAGCAUGGUUAGCAUGUAACCCAGUGACAGAGUGCACUAGAUUGACCUGCGGCUCUCUAAACGACAGGAAAUCACGACAAACGUCGGUGACAUCAGCAGGAACACAGUAAAUAAGUGAGUGUUUGACACAGAGGAAUGAGUCAUGACCUCUGUGGUGAUCGUAGAUGGUGGAGGGAAUAUAUUGGAGUACGUCACUGGAGAUGAUGAAAUGCAGCAGGAGGUGUGUCUUGAUGGGGAGGAGCCUGUUGGAGAGAAGGAGUGUCCUGCAGUGAUAGUGGAGCAGGUGAAUAGUGCAGAAUUGGAGCAGUGCUACGCUGCUCAGGUGUUAGUCUACGAUGAUCAGAAUACCUACCUGGUACAGGAUGUGGCCGAGGAACAAGUUGUCGAGACCGAGUUGCAAGACAUGGCAGCAGUGGAGGUCUCUGUAAAUGAUAAAACGAUUGAAGCAGCAGAAGCUCUGCUGCAUAUGGAUUCACCAGCCAGCCUGCAGGAGGAUCGCAGUACAGAGGAGCUUUUAUCUGAGAUGGAGGUGGAAGUGAGAUCUGAGGACAUGGGGCCUGUUGACAAGGACAUUGUUGUCCUGCAGGAGACAGAAUUACUGAAAAAAAGAGAGGUGUCAGGACGAAAACCCAGAACUCCACAAAAUUGCUCUGAUGGUUCACUGGAUCUGGUCUAUAGGAGGAAAUCAAAAGAGAGCAAGGGCUCAACAACCUACCUAUGGGAGUUCCUUUUGGAUCUCCUACAGGAUAAGGAAACCUGUCCAAAGUACAUUAAGUGGACUCAGAAGGAGAAGGGUAUAUUCAAGCUUGUGGACUCUAAAGCAGUGUCUAAAUUAUGGGGAAGACAUAAGAAUAAACCUGACAUGAACUAUGAGACAAUGGGGAGAGCACUCAGGUAUUACUACCAGCGGGGCAUUUUGGCAAAAGUGGAAGGCCAAAGACUUGUGUACCAGUUUAAGGAGAUGCCCAAAGACAUUGUUUUCAUAGAUGAUGAUGAUAUUGAUGACAGCAUUGAUGAGGGAAAGAGAGAAACCCAAGCUGCAACCAAUCGCAGCAGUCCAAAAGGGAAAGGGGUGGUGGUCUCUUCCUCUACUGCUUUACCUAAAAUCAUCAAUCUAACCUCAGGACAAGAUGCCUUCAUGACCAUGCAACAGUCACCAGCAAAUAUAACGACAGCCCCUGGGACUGUGAGGCUGGCUAUGCAGGUCCCCUUUCUCAUGACAACACCACAGGGUCAGAAAAUCUCCACAGUAACUGUCAACUCACCCAACAACUCAAUCACUGGGGGUAACAGUACUGGCAAAGUGCUGCUCCAGGCUGUGCCAACGCUUGUGCCAGCUCAGGGGCAAAGUGGUGAGAGAUUCACCCUGCAGCUUAUCACCCUUCCUACUGUGCCUGGCAAAGCCGGCACGCCCAUCACUCUGAGCACGCUCUCUCCGGUCACUGUGCCAACCAGCAACACACAAAUUCUAAAGCUCACUGUCCCGUCCAACUUCACAGCACCCGCGACCACAACACAAGUGACUGUGGUGCCAAACGUACAGCCAGCGACGUCUUUACGGGACGUGAAUAUUAUAAAGGUGGAAUCUCCUGAAGUUUCUGUGUCUCAGACAGUUGACAGUUCUGCCGAGAUUACAGAAAGCACACAGAUGAACCCCACAACAACACAGAGCUAAGUGAACAUCAAAUUCACAAAAAUACAUACAGGAACCAACAUAUGCGCUUGUGAUGGGAAUAGAGUAUCUUAUGUGAGAUGGAUGAAACCAUAGACACUUGUUCACAACCCAACACUAUAAACAUCAUGCAUAUCCUCUAGCCUGGAUUAGACAUGGGAAGACCUUUUCUUUUUUUGCUUUUGUUCUAUUAAUCUAUUCAAAUCUAGCUUUGUUAUAGCAGACCAUCAGUGCUGUGAUACUGCAUUAUGGAACUUCACUUGGUGCUAAAGAUGAGAGAAAGUCACAAAGUGAUUUAGCUGGGAUGCUCUUUUCCCCUGCUCAUCUGGAGGUUUAAAGAAUCUGCAUAGACAUACCAUUUUGGUAGUCAAUAAAAUAAAACAAGCAGCCUUAGGUCAUCUUUUUGCUCAUUAUGUAAAGAAAUGUAUUAUUUUUUGUGUGUAUAUAUAUAUAUACGCACACACACCAGGAAGUUUUUUUUCUACAUUUCAAUGGAAACUGUUUUCCAAAAGACAUUUUCUCUUUCUUGUCAUUUAAGUUUUAAAUAAUCGUCUUUUUGUGCAUUUACCACCAUGUUUUCUGUAUCACACAUCUACUGCUUUGUACUUUGCUGAUUACUUUUUCUUCCAUGUGUACAAAAAGGGAAGGAAUGUCUGAAAAACGGUAUAUUGAAUAUUCAAUAUAUGAAAGAUAUUUUGUUUUAUUUUCACCCUAAAAUGUAUCCAAGUAGAUUUAAAUUUGACAAGAAUUAUGUUAACAAAUGCUUUUAAUGAGCUUUUGCUUUUGUUUUAUAUUUGUAUGUGCUUGUUAAUUGGUCCUCUUAAAUGACUCUUCUUAAAUGUUAAAGUAAUAGUUUGCCCAAAAAUUAUAAUUCUCUCAUUUACUCACCCUUAUGCCAUCUCUGAAUCAGUUGACUUUAGAUAUUUGAAUAAAGAUAUGUGAAUAUGUCCAGAUGAUUCAAUUCAAUGGGGUCCAACACUUCCAAGCUCCAAAAAGCAAAUGAAGAUAUUCCAUGUGACUUCAGUGGUUUAAUCCAUCUUCUGAAGUGAUCCAAUCGGUUUUGGGUGAGAAAUGGACAAAAUUUAACUUCACUAUAAAUUUAGCCAUUUGCAAUCUUUUUGGCAAUCGUAAUUUCAAGCCAAUUAUAGUCACAUAUUUCCAAUAAAAUAUUUUUGUGUUCCAUGGAAGAAAGGCAUAGGAGUUUGAGAUGAUGUGAGGGUGAGCAAAUGAUCAAAGAAUUAUCAUUAAUUCUAGAAGACCAAAGUAAGGACUGGUAUCAGUGUGUCCAUAGUUACGUUUAGUUUGACCUUUGGUAAUAGUGAUAUAUCAGUUCCGAGUUUGAAACUAAUUUGCACCAAAAGUUAGUACAUCUCUGAACAUUAACUGCCCAAAGUAAUAUAGUCUAAUGUUGGAUGUACUACUAAGAGACCUUAGAAUCGGUGACGCAUAUAUACAAGGAUUGCCGGAGAGCUCUGUUAGAAAGUAUGAUAACUUUGAAAAUCAAAUCCUCGCUUCAUAUUUCCGCAGUCUAAUUGGCUCGCGAGGACUGAGACAGAAUAGAUUGGAUUUGUAGGAUCAGCACACCCUCUUAGAGAUAAAAACAAGACUGAACAUUUUUAAAGUCAGAAUUGAUCAUAAACUAUUUCCAAACCAGUCAACAUUUGUGUGAUAUCUUACGAAACUAAAGAAAAUGUCCAUAUUUAACCCCAAAUUAAUAGAAAGAAAAAUGACACUCACAAAAAUGAAAUCACAAUUUUUUUCAGUGAUGAUUCUCAUUAAUGCAACAGCAAUUUUUUUUUUACCAUAUUAAAAAAAGAUGCCAUUGUACAAGGAUUUUUCUAAAUUAAUAUCAGCAAGAAUAAAAGGCAGUACCAAAAGAGUAUUACUGUGAUGUAUAAAUACUUCAAAAUUUAAAUAUAUUUUUUCACACUGUGGUAAUGAGAAUAUCAUAAUACCAAUCUUUUCUUAAUGUGGUGGGAAUUG